AAAUAUCCAUAAAAAUUAGAGAUUCUCUCUACAUCUUGGAAUUUUUUCGCGCGCUAUGCACAUUCCCGGUCAGUUACGACGAGAAAAGUAAUCAAUUUGUGAACCAGAAUAAACUGAAUUUAUAUUACCUUAUAUCAUCUAUAACUAUUUAUACAUCGUUUUGCUACACAAUAUACUUUUUGAUAGCGUCUGUGGAGGUAAGCACAGUCAGAGUAUGGACAUCAAUUAUUAUCAAAAUCAUUAGAGUACUGAUGGGCAUUAGAAACGUAAUGAUAUGCUUCAGCAAACGGCAAAAAAUUGUAAAUUUUUUAAACUGGUUGACAACAUUCGACACGAAGCUUUAUAAAGCAGGAGUGAGCAUGGAUUUUCGAUCAAUCAAGUAUUUAAUGAUUAUUAGGAGCUUCUUCAUAACUUUAACAGUGACAGUGAACCCAGUGGUAUGCACGUUAAGUAGACAAGACAUGAACAUCUGUUUUGAACAUUUCAUAAGUUACAAUCUGACAUUUAUUAUCAACUCCAUGAUUAUGCUGCAGUUCUCAGUAUAUGUUUUUAUUCUCUGGCAGAGAUUAAGGGUUAUAAAUAACUCCAUAACAAAUAUGGUGACAAAUGGCAGUUUGAGUUUCACAAAUGAUAAAUACCCUCCAAUACUUUACAAGAAACAAGAGAUGGACACGUUGCUGAAGCUAUUAUGUGCUAUGCAUAACGAAAUUUGCAAUAAUGCAAAACUGUUGAAUGAAAUAUUCUCAGAGGUCAUUCUUCUAACUAUAAUCAAAACAUUUGCAGACAUAUUGAAUGGCCUACACACGCUAAGCUCUAAAACUCAAUUAAUAUUAAUUAUAUUUGAUUGUUCUUGGGGAGUUGCACUACUGAUUGAAGUGGUCUUCAUUUUGAUACCUUGUACAUCAACUAGACAUGCUGUAUGUAUCAUUGUUAAAUGAAAUUCAAUAAUUACAAGAAACUACUCUUUUCUAGUCACAAAGAACUGCAGAAAUUUUAAAUAUGAUGGAUGUUUCAAGUGACAAAAGUCUAAAGUUUGAAGUGAG